UCUUUGAAAAGGCCUCUCAAACCUCUCAAAUCCUUGCACAACAAAACUAAUCUCUCUCUCUCUCUCUCUCUCUCUGUGUGGUAAUUUUCAUUCUCUUAGAUUGAUGGAUAAUUCAUCAGGUUCCAAUGUGAACAAAUCUGUUGUUUCAAAAGGCACAAUAGAAGAUGUUGAUGAGGAGAGUGGUUGGACUUCUUACUUUGAUGAUUUCUUAUCAAAUCAAGAACAAGAACAAGAACAAGAAGAGCAAGAAGAAGAAGAGGAAGAUGUACCUGAGGAGAGUGGUAGCCCUUCUUUGGUUUCUGAUGCAGCUUCUUGUGCUGUUUGGAAGAAAAUCAACAAUAACAAUCAACUCACGGCAUGCCCUCCAAUCAGUGGCUCAAUUUCACCCACCACCAUCAUGCCUAAGAAAUUAAGUUUCAAGAAAAAAAGAAGCAAAGAUAUUUCUCGUGAUGAUUCUUUGGAGGAUACUGCUAGUUCUCCUGCUAACAGUCCUAAGGUUAGUAGCCUGGAACAGAUGGACCUAAAUCCAAGAAAGAGAGAUGAUAAUACUAAAGUUCUGUGGGGAAAGGAGGAGGAAGUGGCACUGAUUUUCAUUCAAAAAUCAAGACAGAUGAAAGAAAUCAAAUGAAUAUUGAUUGGAAGAUUAAUAAUGAAUAUACACAACUCAAGAAGAGAGGGCUAUGCUUGGCUCCUUUAUCCAUGUUUGUCAACUAUCUUGGUUAAAUAUCUGUGUGACAAGACUUGUCCAAAAUGUACAGAGAAAAUUCAUGUCAUUAAAACACAAAAAAUAUCUUUCUUUUCUUUUAUUAUUUGGCUCUUUAUGUUUUGGCUAUGAAGAAACUUACUUUCAACCAAAGCAUCAUCUAUAUUCUUGUUAUGCAACAAGAAGUUAAAGUAUAGAGAGCAAACGCAUAGUUGUUAGUAACAAAACUUUAUCAUGAUGAUGGUGAUAGAGAGAUAAAUGAAAUAUAAGAUUAUAGACAACAUAGAGAGGAGGAGAGAAUUGAUGGAUUAAC